CGAAUCCCAACGGGUCCUCACAAACACGGUACGGAGAUCUCUUCAGCGGCUUGUGAAGGCGGCUGACCAGGAAGAACCCGAGGGAACCGAAGAACCUUUGUAGUGUGCGCCAUCGAUUUCCAACCAUGCCGGCAAAAUGGAGAACCAAGUCCGGUUGCUUGACAUGUCGCACGAGACGCAAAAAGUGUGACGAGGAGAGAGGCACUUGUCGAGCUUGUCGUCGGAAUCUUCUGACCUGUAUCUGGCCAUUAACGGGGGCCGUGAAUAUCGACCCGAGAGCGAUUGUGAAGAACACGACAGGCAUCGAUAUUGCGGCCCAUUGCUUGACCACGUUUCAAAAUCGUUCCCAGGAGUCACUAUUCACAUACUUCGCUUCAAGCGUGCUACCCCAGCUCCUCAUUCCGGGGACUCCGCGGGCAUCGCGUGAUGACCUACUGUCGAUGGGCAUUGCCAGUCCCCCGCUCCUGAAUUCGCUCCUCGCCUGCGCUGCCUUGUUCCAGUCGGGGACGGAGGAAAGUAGAAUGCGUGACGCUCUGAAAUACUACUCGAACGCGCUCGGGAUGACGCGGUCGAUGAUUGAGAAUUCGACACUGGAAGGAACAGAGGACUGGCUGUUGGUUGCAACGUUAGCCAUGUGCAUUUUUGAGAGAGCCCAGCCUGGGCCAUCCUGCGGUGCGGGCAGCCACCUACUUGGCGCGUCACGUAUUAUGGCCAUGAAGAUGGAGAGGGCGGCUGAAUUUGAACCGGAUGAAGGCGCAACCAGGGGAAUGACUUGUUCUGCAUCCCUGAUAUAUCAUGCCUCGACCACGACACUCUUAUCUCCAGCCACCUUGUCAAUUGCCGACACGGUAUGCUGGGACCAGGUCCAAGAAUACCUCGAGACAACUCAGCAAUCGCCACUAGCUAUGCCGCCGGCGCUAUGUCGCAUAAUGCUAGAGAUAUCCCAUCUAGCAAAUCGAAUUCCUCUCGGCUACGAUGACAGACUGCUGGUGUGCUCCCUGCGACUUGAACUCAGUGCGUGGCUGAUUCCGCAGUCUGGCGCAGACGGAGAGAACGCGGCACCGGGGACGGAUAUUCAAAAGGCAGCGGAGCUCUAUGCACUGACAGCCGACAUCCUCCUUAUGAAAAUAUCUCAGCCUGAUGUCAGCGCAGGGGACAGCCGCAUUCAACAGCGGGUCAAGCAGAUACUGAGUAACCUGAAAUCGGACGUGCAAGGAAUAUUCUGGAACCAACACUAUUCAUGGCCGUUUACGAUUCUUGCCUGUACCGUGCAACGAGAGAGCGAGAUUAUCUUUUUGCUAGGUCGGCUACAACGAAUGUGGGAAUGUUCACACUGGGGAGACAUCAAGCGGACAAUUCAUCUCCUGGCCAGCAUUUAUCAACGACGAAAGGCGUCUGGACAACUCAAUUGCUCAACCCGUUCAAAGUCAGAAAACGCCGUUGAACCUUUUGAUCUCCUGCUUCGACCCGAAGGGAUCUCGAGACUUAUAACGACAUAAAGCGCAAUUCUUGUCUACAGAUCCACGACACCGCUACGUUGAAAAGGCGACAAAAUCCUUUUCAUUGACAUGCUGGUUCAAUGUGGAUGAAUGCUAGGCUACGAUACCGUCUGAGUGGGUGAUGUACAAAUCGCAUCGCCUCAUAGCUUGGCCGCCGGGAAAUUGAUGAGAACAGCUUUUGCCUGCAAAUAGCUCAACACCGCUGCCCGGCCACCCUCAUAACUCCCAUUACCACUCUGCUUCCAACCUCCCAAGGGGAGAUCAUAAUCUGGCUGGUGAUUGGCAUUGAUUGCAACUGCUCCGGCCUGGAGACGUUUCGCAAGCCGCAGUGCUCGAGGAAUAUCCUGUGUGAAUACACACGAAGACAGUCCAAAUGUUGUCCCAUUUGCCAAGCUGAUUGCCUCCUCUUCCGUCUCAAAGGAGCGAACGCAGACAACAGGACCGAAUAUCUCUUCCCGCCAGGCAGCCGAGUCAAGAGGAGGGUUGAGCAGAAUGGUCGGGGUCACGAAAUUCUUAUUAGCUUUGCCCCCAGUGAGGACCACACUCGGGCUUCCGCUUUGCGUCUGCUCCACAAGGGAGACAAUCCUGUCUUUUUGGCCGGCAUCGACCACCGGGCCGAGGAAGGUGGAAUCCUGGCUGGGGUCGCCCGAUGCCCCCGCGAGCGCCUCAAAUCUCCCCUUUAGCCCAGUCACAAAGUUAUCCACUAUAGACUUGUGCACCAACACCCGCGACGCAGCCACGCAGAUUUGACCGGAAUGAACGAGGAAGCUCUGCGAAGAAUGCAACAAAGCAUUGUCCAGGUCCGCGUCCUCGAAGAUUAUCGACGGGGAUUUGCCGCCCAAUUCCAGCGUGACUCUCUUCAAAUUGCUCUGGGUUGCCGCGAUCUGGAUUUUCUUCCCGGUCUCGACUGAGCCGGUGAAACUCAGCCGGCCAAUAUCCAUGUGCGACGCUAGAAGUGCGCCCGUCUUUCCGUCACCGUUGAGUAUGUUGAUGACGCCGGGCGGGAAACCCGCUUUGACGAUCAAUUCCCCGAUCUGCAACGCUCCCAGUGGAGAGUUCUCCGACGAUUUGAAGAUGAAUGUAUUCCCCGCCGCGACCGCGGGCGCAAUCUUCAUGCUGAAAAAGAAGAGACUCGCAUUCCAGGCGCCGAUCCCCGCGCAGACGCCAAACGGGUCGUGUCGAACAAUCUUGUACACGCGAUCGUCCCCCUCGGGCACAAAGUCCCCCGGAAGUUUGUCGCAGAAUCCGGCAUAAUAGCGCCAUAUCGUCCCCACAAAGCCUGCUAUACCCCGCGCCAUAGUGAUGGGCAGUCCGAUCGCUCGACUCUCCAGGGCAGCCAGCUCAGCGCCGUGGGCAUCGAGCAAGUCUGCCAGCGCCAGCAUUCGUUUGGCUCUUUCUUGCCCGGGCAUGGACCCCCAUGGACCAUUGUAUGCGUUUAAAGCGGCGGACACGGCGUCGUCGACGUCUUCCUGACCAGCAUGGUGGACCGAGUCGGAUAUGAGGGAAUCGUCGUAGGGAUUGCGGACGGCGAAGAGGGUUCCUGAUUUAGCGGACACAUACUUUAAACGGCCAGCAAUGCGAGUCCAAUCAGUUUCUUGGGAAAUUGCGACAACGGAUUCGUGGGAAGGAUGAAUAGAAGUCGCCACUUACCUCAUUGUUAAUAAAGAGCCGUGUAUGGAAGUCCUUGGAAGUCGACAUGAUGCGAUCAACAGGUCACUAGGUAGAUAUAGCUCCCUUAAAUUGAAUGUCAGCAAUCCCGAAGGUCCGGGUCAACAACGAG